AAGAGAAGAUUUUAGGUUAAUUAAACUAAUUAACCAGCUAAUUUUAGUUGUUGGGUGAGAGGACAAGUGGUUCUGUCAUCUGUGUAUAAAAGGGGAGGCUUGUAGGAUGCUGUAUUAGGCAAAGACAGUGCUGAGCUUGUGAAAUUGUAGCACAUAGAGUUGUUGCUUCGCUUGCUUGCUUAAUUACCAGGAGGAAUAUGAGGAAGGAGAUUGUCAUCAGGCUGCAGAAGGGCCACAACAAGGCCAUCAAGGUGGCUGCUGCGGUCUCAGGGGUGGAGUCCGUCACGCUCGCCGGCGAGGACAAGAACCUGCUGCUGGUGAUCGGCUCCGGCGUGGACUCCAACCACCUCACCGAGAAGCUGCGGAGGAAGGUGGGGCACGCGGAGGUGGUGGAACUGCGCACCGUCGACGCCGACGAGCUCCUGCACAUGGCCGCGGCCGCCGAGCAGUACUCGUACCGCUACUACCCCGGCGCGACCCCGUACAACAGCCACGCCGCCGCCGGCCGCGACCCGUACUACGCCGGCGCCGGCGGGUACCCUCACCAGCGCGGCGCCGCCGGCGCCCGGGACCACUACUACGGCGGCUACACGCCCGGAGCAGGCGCCGGCGCCGGGUCGUACGGCGGCGCGCCGAUGACGAUGGCCACGGGGGGCUACUACGCCGGCGCCGGGUACCCGCAGUACGGCCACUCGUCGUACUACCCGCCGGCGGCGGCGACGUCGACGAACACGCACACCGUCGUGCACCACCAGUACAGCAACGACCCGGACAGCUGCUCCAUCAUGUAGCUAGCCAAUCACGCACCGUACGUACGCCGGCCGACCAGUGGAUCGAUGCAUGAUGCAUGUCGCGCGCGCGCGUGUUCAUAUGCCAUCGUCUACGUCUCGUCUCGAUCGAACAAAGACGCAUCAAGAUCCCGACUGGAUCUUGCUGCCUGCUUGUCUCCAGCUAGCCCAACCUCUGGCCUCAAAAACUAGAUACCUUAAUUAAUCUCCUGUGUGAUGAGACCGAUUUGAUUCCUCCUUGUGAUUACUGAAAACACAGACGUCAGUAUAUAUACGAGUAGUACCAGCUCUUGUCUGAACUCUGAAAAAAUCCAAGCCCUGUCGUCCGUGAAUAUUAUAUGUAUAUAUAUGGUGUAAUUAGGCUAAUACCCCAUCUUUAUAUAGUUAAUCAAUCAAAGUGUGUUUUUCUUUUUUG